AUGUCUGCUCAAAGUACCACCACACCCCCCAGUUCCGAAUCUAAGCCUGCUGGAAACACUGAGCUGCGUCCUUCAGACGCCAGUGCCACCAAGGCUGUAGAUAUUACUGGCCCUUCUCAGUUUUUUCUCGCUGAAACGUCUCAGAAAUUGGGUGGUCAAGCUGGCGAAGCUCCCACUACUACUGCUAGUGAUGCGAUGGACCUCGACCCCCCUUCCUCUGCUAGUUCAUCUUCUAGUGAUGUGGAUCUUCAAGGUCGCACUGAUCAGUUGAAGCUAAUUGUUGACAAUCAGCUCGCCGAAGUUCAGCUUCUCUCUACGACCUUGCUCCUCGAGCAAAGUGAGGAGGCCAGAGCCCAGGCCCUAGCUCGGUUGAUCCAGUUGAAUACGUCCAUUCAAAGUAUCAUACAGAUUCGAGAUUGUUUGCUUGCAUCCAAAGCUACUGCAAAUGAUAACCUCGUUUCUUCGGCUGCUGCUUCGUUUGGCUCAUCCUCAGUCGAUGGAGUCAAAUCCAACAAGAGCGCCUCUGUACCGGUUUUCUUUCCCAACAACUUACCUGCAUUUCAGUGGGUUGGUAUGGAUGAAUUCGACCCCAAAAGCCCUAUAUUUCCUACAGUCGACGCUUGUCUGUUGAAGUUUGAGGAUGUCAUGUUCGCUUACAAGAUGGAUUUCGACAAGGAAUAUGCUCGCUUAGUACCACCUAUGCUGUCUCCAGAACAACGUUGUGGAAUUUGA